AUGCCAUUUCUGAUAUUUACUGACAUAUACUUCAGGCCUAUCAUACCCGAAUCAUUCUCCGCAAACCAACCAAAGACAAUCAGACUAUAUCCUCUAUCAAACUACACAUUCGGCACGAAGGAGACGCAACCUGAGGAGGACCCCUCAGUUCUCGCACGCCUAAAGCGUUUAGAAGAACACUACGAGCAGUAUGGAAUGCGCCGUACUUGUGAGGGCGUACUAGUAUGUCACGAACAUAACCAUCCACAUGUUCUCAUGCUACAAAUUGCAAAUGCUUUCUUCAAAUUACCUGGAGACUACCUACAACAUUCAGAUGACGAGAUCGAAGGGUUCAAGGCGAGAUUAAACGAAAGACUUGCGCCAGUUGGUUCACAAUUCACUGGCGAAGGCGUCAAUGAAGAUUGGGAAGUCGGUGACACCCUGGCACAAUGGUGGCGGCCAAACUUCGAGACAUUUAUGUACCCCUUCCUACCGGGGCAUGUUACUCGACCGAAGGAGUGUAAAAAGCUAUAUUUCCUCCAGCUUCCCAAAAAGAAGGUUCUCUCGGUCCCCAAGAACAUGAAAUUACUUGCAGUACCCCUCUUUGAAUUAUACGACAACACUGCACGUUACGGGCCCCAGCUUUCAGCAAUCCCUCAUCUAUUAUCUCGGUAUAACUUUGAGUUUGUUGAUGAGAACGAUAAUGUUGUGGCUGUUACUCCUGGCCACCAGGCUAGCAAUGGAGUCCAUCCAAAGAGCAAAGUAUUGGCAGGCGGAGAAGACACAGCAAAUGGACAGGACAUCGGGAUGGAUGAAUUCGCUCCAGGCGACCAGGAGUAA